UUUGGAUCAGUUGGGUCCCUGGGCACAGCACUGCCAAGUCUGCUUUUCCUACACAAACUCUUAUAGGGGCAGAGAAGGAAGCUGGAACCUGAGGAAGAGAAAUAUUGUAAACAACCUUAUGAAGACAUAAUCAUCCCAAUUGAGGAAUGACAUAAAAGAAAGGAUUAAAAAGAGCUAGAUUACCAGCAAGUGAAAGAAAUGGAAGAGGAGAAUGAAGAAGAGAAAGACAAGGAAAGAAUUAUACUUCUCCAAAGCAAGAUGAAAGACCGGCUCCCAGAGUUGCUGGAAUUAUCCAGGCAGUAUGACCAACAGUUUCCUGAUAGAGAGGAUGAAGAGGACUUGGCCCAGGAGAAUAUUAUAUUUGAGACAGACUACAUCCUGGAAUCUUUGUACAGGGACAUCCGAGACAUCCAGACAGAGAAUCAUCUGCUGACCGUGGACGUCAAGCGUCUGGGCAAGCAGAACGUCCGCUUCCUCACCUCCAUGCGCCGCCUCAGCAGCAUUAAGCGGGACACCAACUCCAUUGCUAAGGACAUCAAAACUCGGGGAGAAGCCAUCCAUAAGAAGCUCCAGAGCAUGAAAACUUUAAGCGACGUAGCAGAGCAGAAGCACGGCGCCAAUUCCGCCAUGGCCCGAAUCUCCAAGGCCCAGUACAACGCGCUCACUCGAGCUUUCCAGGAGGCCAUGCACGACUACAACGAAGCCGAGAUGAACCAGAGAGAGAACUGCAAGAUCCGUAUUCAGCGGCAGCUGGAGAUCAUGGGCAAAGAGGUCUCUGGGGCUCAGAUAGAAGAGAUGUGCGAGCAAGGGAAGUGGGAUGUUUUCUCCGAGAACCUCCUGGCCGAUGUGAAAGGGGCCCGCUCCGCCCUGAACGAGAUUGAGAGCCGGCACAAGGAGCUAGUGAAAUUGGAGAGCCGGAUCCGGGAGGUGCAUGAACUUUUCUUCCAGAUGGCUUUGCUCGUGGAAGAGCAGGGGGACACGCUAGAUGUCAUAGAGCUGAACGUGGAAAAGAUCCAGAACUACGUAGGAGAGGCAAAAGCUCACGUGAAAAAAGCGGUGGAGUACAAAAAGAGGAACCCUUGUCGGACACUUUGCUGCUGCUGCUGCCGGUGCCUCGAGUGAGACGGAUGUGCCUGGAACCCCUGGACCCCCAUCACCACCAACUGACUGUGACCAGAAUAUGCUGAAUGAACACUUCGAUCAAGACUCGUACAGGUCUCAGAACAAAAAUGAGUUAGACCAUCCUCAAGGGCCUCGGGAAUGUUUGUGGGUCAUCUUUGUAUCUCUCAAAGGGAAGCAGCAGCAGAAGAAGAAGAAGAAGAAGAAAGAAGAAAGUUGGGCUAAGAUGUUGGGUUAUCUCUAAAAGAUAAUUGAUGCUGCCAAAGUUUUCAUCAGAAAAAACAAGAUUUGCUAUAAUACUAACUCUCAUUAGCUCUGUGUGUAGUGUAUCCAAAAUGCUUUCCUUCUUUUUAUGGAAAAUAGAGACAGGAACAAUACUCUUAUCCUUGGAAAGUUAGUGUUAUAAGCAUUUUUCUCAGCAGGGGGAAGUCCAAUUAUGAGUCCACUAAAAUUAUGAGGUUUCUUAGUCAUUUGAUCAUGGUCAAAUAGGCUGGUUCUAAUAGAACUGGAAAAGUAAAUUACUGCCUCACAUAACUAGAUGCUGGAAUCCUCCUGGGACCUGGUCCUUAAGAAUUUAAUUUACUCCGAAACUAAGAGAAAAUGUAAAAUUGCUUGUUUUUCUCCCUUGCUGAAUCAGAUUUUUUUUUGUUUUAUUUUGUUUUUUUAAGUCACAACCCACACAAUUUUCCAGCCUAAUCUUUAUUAUUGCAUUAAACAUUCAUAGUUCCUUAUUUCCAUUCUGUUGGAAAAUAUUUUGGGGACAAUUUUCAACUAUGUUUAAGCACUGAAGAUUGAAUAGGUACAAAGCACUUGGAUUACAGCACCUGUGUUUUUAGAUCUGUACAUAUUAACAUCUGUAUAUAUUAAAAUAACACAAAGUUUA